AUGGCGAACGAAAUCGGAUUCUUCGAGCUCAAUACCGGAGCAAAGAUCCCAUCGGUCGGUCUCGGGACAUGGCAGGCUGCUUCUGGCGUCGUCGGAGACGCCGUCGCCGCCGCUGUGAAGAUUGGCUAUCAGCAUAUUGAUUGUGCUUCAAGAUAUGGCAAUGAAAUGGAGAUUGGGAAAGUUCUGAAGAAGUUGUUUGAAGAUGGCGUAGUGAAGCGUGAGAAUCUGUUCAUCACCUCAAAAAUCUGGCUGACUGAUCUUGACCCACCGGAUGUACAAGACGCAAUGAACAGAACUCUACAGGAUCUGCAGCUUGAUUACGUCGAUCUGUAUCUCAUGCACAGGCCUGUGCGGUUGAAGAAAGGCACUGUCGAGUUCAAGCCAGAGAACAUUAUGCCUAUCGAUAUUCCCAGCACAUGGAAAGCGAUGGAAGCACUGUAUGAUUCAGGGAAAGCACGAGCCAUUGGCGUAAGCAAUUUCUCUACAAAGAAACUCUCGGAUCUCGUGGAGGUUGCUCGGGUUCCUCCAGCUGUAAACCAGGUUGAAUGUCAUCCUUCGUGGCAACAACAUAAGCUACAUGAGUUCUGCAAGUCCAAAGGAAUCCACUUGUCUGGAUAUUCGCCAUUGGGUUCUCCAGGGACAACGUGGGUGAAGGCAGAUGUUCUAAAGAGCCCAGUUCUGGAAACGGUUGCUAAAGAAGUCGGGAAGUCUCCUGCACAAACCGCGCUUCGAUGGGGUCUUCAAAUGGGUCAUAGUGUGCUUCCCAAAAGCACAAAUGAAGGGAGAAUCAGAGAGAACUUCGAGGCUAGGUUGGUCCAAGGUACAUCAUUCGUUCAUGAGACGUUGAGUCCGUAUAAGACACUUGAAGAACUUUGGGAUGGUGAGAUAUGA